AUGGAGCCCGGCAUCUCGAACGACGCUGUUGUCAGUGCAUUGGGCACGGCAGUACAGGAGAUAGUAUUCAUAUCGCAACCUUCGCCCAGCAACGAAGCCGCAAACAGCGCUCUCGCCAGCAUAGAGGUUGUUCAUCCAUCAGCGCCCUCUCCUUACUUCCGAUUCAUGGACCUGCCGGUCGAGAUUAGACGCAUCACUUACCAAUGGGCUUUCCGGAACACCAAACUGAAGUACCACCGGGUAGUCAACACUUUGCCUGCUCCACGACGACGAGUCACUCACUGCUGGGGCAUGCAAGUAUGGACUCCAAAGGUCAAGGGGCCGGCGUUGCGCUCACCAGAUGUGUCCAUAACCUCCGUGUCCAAGUCCUGUCUCCAAGAAGCGCGUCCAAUACUGCUCACAGAAGCAACAUUCUAUAUUGAUCUCGACUCGGUUUGUCAGAGAAGAAAGUUCGUGGACGACUACCCUGGGAGACCGACAUCUGCCGACCUGGUGCUUGGUCCCACUGAGUUCAGCGCCUUACAACAUAUCUCACUUGGCGCAGAGAUUUGGGCUAGACCUCUGGGCUGGACAGGGCUUGAAGACUGGGCCGAUCUCAAGAAUAAGAACAGUGUCCAUCGUCAAUAUCUGCCCGCGUUCCUGGCUCGGUUGCCCAACUUGAGAAGUGCAACGUUGUAUUCGCCAUGGUGGGCGGAAGUAGAGGUGCUGGGAGAGAAGAUUGAUGUUGGUCCAGAAGGAACACUGGAUGCCGACAAUUUGCAACUCAUACAGAGCUGCAUUGAGAAGCGUCUCACAGAGAACCAUAUUGGUGGGAGGGGUUAUCGUGAGCAUGAUCUGCGGGACUUCAUCGAGUAUUGGGCGUCUCGUAAUCGAGAGUUUGAGGCGAUGCUGGUGCUUUUGGUAGACGUUGAAGGCGACGAAGCGGACGGGAAUAAUCCUUCGGUGGAAACAAGGAUCAACCUCAACACACGGUCGGUGACUCUGAAGUGUGUCUCGCAUAACGACGAUGGGGAGAACGUCGAUCUGGUGCGGAAGUGUCCCGAUGGUCCAGAGUACACUGGCGUACUGAGUCGAGCUGCCGUGGAGGGUCUGGUGAACUUCAACAAGGACUGA